AUGCUGGUUAGACACCUUUUGAGAUUGGCUGCUCUUGCAGCUACAUGCCAAGCUAUAGUGCCCUAUCGUCGACAGACUACUCCAUCCGCCGUUCAAAUCAACUGGGACGAUGUGCUUAUCACCUCCAAAACGAGCACGACUUUGCAAGUAGUCGCAAACCCACCUCUUUUAGCCGAUAGCAGCAUUCGGCAGAAUGCUCUCGACUCUCUCUCUCUGGUAUCCUCGAAUUAUGUACGAUAUGUGCCGUGGUUCCCCUAUCCGCGUCUCGCCGUGCCAGAGAUUGAUGCUCCAAUCAUCAACGACACGCACUGCAUCACGUACUGGGAUUUCACAUAUGCGGACCAGCUGUUGCUAGAUUUCAUGAAUGCCACACCAAAUGUUACCCACAUAAUUAACUACUCGACGACUCCAGAUUGGAUGUGGGUGUUGGACACUCCCUACACUUAUCCCGAAAAUGUUAGCACAAUUGACUGGAACUAUAAUAAUGGCACGACUUUAAGGGAUCCUACAUUGAAAGAGAUUUCGGACUACUAUAGCCGACUACUGUCAUACUAUACACAAGGAGGGAUGACAGAUGAAUGUGGUGUCUUCCACCCAGGCCAUAACCUUACCAUUGAAGCAUGGGAAAUCUUGAACGAGUCAGAAGCCGAGCACUCGAUCGUUACCGGGUUAUAUAAUCAGAUUUACGAUGCUGUGACUGCCGCUAUUCAUGCCGUCUCCCCUAACACAGAAUUUGUUGGGCUUGCAAUGGCGUAUAGGAAUGUCACUCGUGUCCAGGACUUCCUUCAACCUGCCAACCACCAGCCCGGAACACCAUUGGACUGGAUAAGCUACCACUUCUAUGCAGGACCAACUAGUAGCACUACCCAGGAUGAAGCAACCCAGUCCUUCCAACAAGCAAAUCAAUUCUUUGAGGAAGUAGCCGCAAUUGAAGCUGUGCGAAAGCAAAUCGCGCCGAACACAAAGACAACCAUUAAUGAGCUAGGCACCAUGGAUCCAAACGGUGUUACUACAGUUGUUCCGGGCUAUGUUAUCCCAGCCGAGUAUUGGGCCUGGAGCGGAGGUGUAUUUGCGUAUAUUUUCAGCAACUUGACCACGCAAGGGAUCGAUGUAGUUGGGGAAAGCCAGCUGAGCGGGUACCCAGGACAGUUCCCAUCUGUGUCUAUGAUUGACUGGAACACGGGCCUGCCAACCGCACGCUUGCGGGUUUUACAGUUACUCCAAAGCAGCUUUGCACCAGGAGACAAUGUUGUUGCAACAAGCAGCGACGAGACUCAGCUACACGCCCAGGCGUUUGACACUGUCAAUGGGGGGAAGAAGGUUCUGUUGAUCAACAAGACCGACCAAAAUGUGACUGUCCAGGUCCAGGGCUUACAGGCUGAAAGUAUGGACACUGUUGAUGUGAAUACGGCGGGCAAUCCAUGGCGGACAGAGCAAGUCAGUGGGGAUAGUGUGAACCUCACCCCCUACGCCGUUUCUGUGUUGAGUGGAGAAUGA